CCGUCAGUGUUGGUUUAAAGAGUACACAAAUAUUUUAUAACGCGACCUCGAUUUAUCGACGACUUUUAUGCUUGCCUAUUACAGUUUUACCGCAUGCCUAUUCAUUUACAAGGCUUUAUUUACUAACUAAUAUUGUUUUAAAAAUGACAGUGGACAUAAUGCUACUUUACUUUAAACAGUAGGCUAAUUCAAAGAAAACGGAAGUUGCCUGUCUGCCACCAGUGUCGUGGAGAAGUACAGUAACCGCAAGCUACCUGAGCAUAUUGAGGAGGAAGUAAUUCUGCACGGGCAGUAUGCCCCCAUUACCAGGCGCUGAGUUGGUUCGUACACCGGUUCAUCUGUACCGUUACCUUCUUAGAUGUUGCAAGCAAUUGCCAACCCGUGCAAUGCAGCAACAUUAUCAACAUGCUAUAAGACAGGGUUACAAUAGUCACACAGACGAAGACGAUCCUGAGAGGAUUCAACUGAUCAUACAAAGAGCUAUAUCAGAUGCAGAUUGGAUUCUCGAUAAAUAUAAUAAGAAAUGAGAUGUGUGAAAUAAGAGGACAAGACUGCUGACUCUAUUGGACUUCCAUGUGGAACAAGCCUUGGUCAAAACAGGAUUUUGCUUGUUCUGCCAUGCAAGAAACAUCCCAGGGACAGAUACAUCAAUCAAUGUAGCAAUAAGAGAAGUGAUGUUUACCAACCCUUUUUACUGAGGGACCAACGGACAGUCCUCAUUUGUGUUUUAGUGCUGCACUACACACCUGAUUCACCUAGUCAAGGGGUUUGAUUUGUUUAUUCAGAUAUGUUAGUGCAGGGCUUGAACCAAAAUGUGGGCUGUAUGGUAGUCCCAAGGUAGAGGAUUGGGAAACACUGACAAAAGUGUACCUGACACUUCUCGUCCUCAAAGCAAGAUUUGCACAUGCUGUCCACUUACAGUGCCUUGCGAAAGUAUUCGGCCCCCUUGAACAUUGCGACCUUUUGCCACAUUUCAGGCUUCAAACAUAAAGAUAUAAAAC